AUGGAGAUGAGACGGGGAACAACUCAGCUUAUUUCCCUGACCGGGGUAGCCAUUUUGGUUUGUGUUUGGUAUCUGCAUAAACGUCAAUUGCCGCGUGGGAGCACGCACAGGGAUCUCCAACCAAAGAUAUCAGCGGAAAAGAAACCGAAAGUUGAAAACCGACCUGCAUUGGACAUUCUUUAUCCGAACUCGGAUAACCCCAGUACUGAGGAUGCAGAAAUUGACAUCGUAGCUGUUCAUGGCCUUGGCUCCAAUGUGGAUUGGUCAUGGACCUGGAAAGAUGAUACACAGCUGGUGAACGGCAAGCCACGCCUCGUGAACUGGUUGAGUGACAGUAACAUGUUACCAAAUAAAGUGCCUAGGGCACGAGUCCUAGCCUACAACUAUGAGUCAAGAUGGCAUCUUAAUGCUGCCACGACCCGGCUCCAGGUCUGCGGUAAACACCUGGCAGACGCAAUUCAUGAGUUCCGUGAAGACUGUAGCGAUAGACCGCUCAUAUUUGUCGGACACAGUCUGGGUGGGAACGUUAUUCAACACGCUCUUCUGUACGCAGAGACUGAACAAAAGUUGAAAUACUUAGUUGAGCUCACAGUUGGCCUUAUAUUCUUGGGCUGUCCCUUUAAAGGCUCAAAGAUACAACAGUUGGCAACUGUAGUCAUCCAGUCUUUGAAGGUGGCCGGCGCUGACGAGGGCAUAAAUGGAUACCUAGGAUAUGGUAGCACCGUUCUGUUAGACAAGGUGGAUAGCUUUCAACGACUCCUGGAAAGAAACUCAAUCCCCUUCUGCGCUUUCAUUGAGCAAAGGAAGACAGAUUAUGGGAACAAGAUUUAUAUCCCAGGACUUAUCAAGGAUUUGGUUGUGAACGAAGAGUCUGCCGGCGCGUUAGGUCCUCACAAAGUUCACUUGAACACGGAUCAUUUCAAAAUCAACAAGUACUCUGGCCCGCAGGACCGUUCAUUCUUGAGUGUAUCAGCGAAGAUCAGCGAAAUGUACAAAGGCUGGAGACCACUGAUUGCAAGCAGAAUGUCUGGAACUCAAUCUGGCGUGCAGAGAAAGCUGAAGUUCAACAAAGACCGGCACGAAGGCAUCGUUAAUUUCUUGGCAAAGUUCGACUUUUCGGCGCGGUAUAGCGAUGUCUUUCUCACCAGACACAAGAAUACCGGCCAGUGGAUCUUGGAGACCGAAAGCUUUCAGCAAUGGCUGUCAACCGCCGGAAAAACACUUUGGUGUCCCGGAAUCCCCGGAGCAGGAAAGACCACCCUUUUCGCGAUUGCAGUCAAUCAUCUCCAAGAAAGAUUCCAUAAAAAGGAAGAUGCAAUUCUUUUUGCCUUUUGUGACUACAAAGACCGAUCGAACCAAACCGCACACAACAUCUUGCUCUCUCUGUGGAGGCAAUUGAUGCAAAAUCGCAUCCUGACCGAGGCUGAAUGUGAACGACUCGAGACUACGUAUGUGAAAAGAGCCGUUCUCCCAACAACUGACACGGUCUUGAACAUGCUAUCAGACGAAUUGAGCAAGUAUUCCCGGAUUUUCAUCUUAUUAGAUGCCUUGGAUGAACUCAAGACCGAAACACGCGAUGAAUUGCUCUAUCUGAUUUCAAACCUACCCAAAAACAAAAACUUGUUGGUUACGUCCCGCGUUCCAAAGGAUAAAACGUCUCCUUUUAGUGAUGUUCCUCAAUUGGAGAUUCGAGCCAAGGAAACGGAUCUCACAGAGUACAUCGACGGUCGACUACAAUCUAGCAGACUCGCCUCGAAGUUGAUGCACAACAACAAGCUCAAACGUGAGAUCAAGGAUACGGUUAUCAAGAAAGCAUGUGGAAUGUUUCUCCUUGUUAAGCUUCAUCUUAAUGCCCUGGCAGAUCAGCAUACCACGAAAGGUAUCCAAGCUAGCCUGAAAAGUUUACCAGAAGGAGAGAAUGCUAUCUCGAAAACAUACGAAGACGCCAUCUCCCGUAUCUAUGAUCAGCCACAGAAAGACCGGGAACUUGGCGAGAUGAUCGUUGUGUGGAUCGCUCAUGCCCAACGACCCUUAAGCCUGAAAGAUUUACAAUAUGCUUUGACUCUACAGGAAGGAGAUGAUGAAAUUGAUCCCCAUGACCUUAUCCCCGGGGAGUUACUGACUUCAACCUGCGCUGGUCUUGUUACCAUUGAGGAUGUGUCAGGAAGAAUCCAGUUUACCCACUCCACCGCGCAGGAAUAUCUCGACUCAAUCAAAUCUGCCAAGUUUCCCAGUGCCGAUGUAUACAUUGCCAAGCGUUGCAUUCAAUACCUUUCAUUGUCUAUGUUCUGCACAGAUACCAAAGGGAUCCACACGACAGCCUUUUCAAACACUGUUGCCAAAUACCCAUUUCUGGAAUACGCGGCACUUCACUGGGGACUACAUGCGAAAAAGGCCGACGGCGACGAGGCCAAAGAUACCGUUAAAAAGGCGGUGAACUCGUUUUUCAACCUCAAGCUGCAGUCUAUCUUUGCGGUGCGCACACUGUUGUGCGGGAUUGCCGGUGUCGACGGAGCUGAGAUGGGAGACAGUCUGGCGAGGAAUGAGCGAUCCAUCAAGCUGAUCAAUAUUGUGGCCUAUUUUGGGAUGGACUUCCUGAUUAAAGACCUAAUAGUCAAAAGACCUGAAGUGAUUGUCGAGUCUUUUGAUGAUUUUGUUGGAAAUGUCUUACACUGGGCAGCCUUCGGCCAACAUGACACGACACUGGAGUUGCUGUUGAACCAACCGUUCAUAUCUCAAAUUUUGAAUCAGAAGGGAUAUUCGUCCUUUACUCCGCUGCACAUAGCUUUGGUUCACAGACGCGACAUCUCGGCUGAAAUCCUGUUGGAUCAUGGGGUCGAUGUCACAGUUAGAGCCCAUUUCGAUCAUACGCCCUUGCUAGUGGCAGCUUUAACUGGUAAUGGAGCGAUGAUACCGAAAAUCCUCUCCAAGGAGAAAGGAAUCGAGACCUUGUUAGUCCAGGCACACGGAGGAACUACACCCUUCCGUGCCGCUGCAGGGUGGGGACACAAGGACGCCAUGGUUGAGCUCUUGCGUGCGCUGGAGAACUAUGAGCUAAGUCCGGAACUUAACGAGCUCAGGGACGACUUUGGAAGAAAUCCACUUCACAUGGCGGCGGAACACGGUUAUUUGAACAUUUGUGAGGUCCUUCUCAAUUCAAAGUAUGGACCUCAACUUGCUACCAGCGAGGAUUACUGGGGUGCCCCUCCAGUGGCCUUGUCCAUUCUUCACGGCCAUGUACAGGUAACAGAAAUGUUUCUUACCUGGGAUGAUGGAGCACUACUGGAAAGCGAAGAUGGAUUUGUUUCAGGGGCAUUGUUAAUGGCGGCUCGAUGGGGACAGCCGUUAGUUGUCGACAUGCUCUUGAACCGCCACCCUAAAAGUUUCUUAAUGGACUUUCAGAAGCUCACAGUGCUCCAUCAUGCUGCUUAUAGCGGCUCUUUGGAAACGGUGAAAAUUAUUCUCGGUCACCCCGAGGGACGAACUGUGCUGGAGGCGCGAGAUAAAGCUGGAAAUACACCGCUCAUCGGAGCGUGCAGCAGAGGACUUGCUGAGAUUGCGGAGUAUCUCAUUGCGAACGGCGCCAUGAUGGACGCCAAGAACGACAAUGCAGAAACAGGUCUUCACCUUGCCUGCGAGGCAAAUGUUCAACAGGUCAUCAAACUUCUGCUCCAGUCUGGCGUUGAUACCAACGCUGAAACAUCAGAUGGACGAACAGCAUUCAGUGUUGCGAUUGAGAAUGAUGCGUUAGAAGCGAUCCAGUUACUCUUGAACGCAGGAGCUUCUGUUCCAGAAGGGGUCACCAUCCCUGAGAUACCCCCUUGGAGGAAGACUUCAAUGGUUAAGGGAUAUGGAAAUCAUCCUGAGACGCCAAGGGACCAAUUUGAAGCCUAUUUCUAUAUCAAAAAGGCCACUUCUGGCAGACUAUCCUCUUCAUUGAUCUCGCAUAUUUUCGAUCUCGCUGAAUACUGGCUAGUGAGCGAAACCGAGCGAGUUGAAUCAAAGUGUGCCGAAAGGCAGCAUGGUGACACGAUGGUCUACUUGCGAAGCGCCCCGGUAUUCGGAAACCUACACCACCCUGUGAGACGAAUCGACUACGAGGUGAUCAGCCACGACCAAGGUUACAGCGGUGAUAGUCACCUGCAUGGACAAUACGAUGGCUCUUAUACAUGGUUUGAUGCGAGCCGUGAAUGCAGCCCAGGCCCGUUCCAAGAAGUAGCCCGCCGAAUCCCUGGACCGGAAGUUUUACGAAAUGUUCACGCAAGAUAUGACUGGCAUAAACAUCGUGUGAUCUGGUGCUCUACUACCGGCGAAAGAUGUUUCCACGUGCGCAGAGAUGAAGAAACACAGGAAGAGAUUGAAGAGCCUGUUUCAACUGUUCGCUACGACCACAGGGUGCCAAAGCCUAUGCCUCUCAAGUGGAUCACCGAGAUCAAUCCCGGAGACCGACUUGUCAUGAACGCUGUAGCUCAGUUUCCGGGGUGGGAGAAUCACGUUCAGAGAGCCAAGGCUGUUAUCUACACAAGCUGCCUCAGGGCCAGUGCGCACAGAUGA